AUCCGUGGCCUGCGGGUGGGCUACUCCAGGGGAAUGGCGGAGGGACCGGAGGUCAAGAAGCCCUCCUCCCGGCUGGCCACAGUCGCCGGCUGGGCCCUCAUCCUUUGCUGGGGCUUGGUGCGCUUUUGGAGCAACCAGCUCGCCUGGCUGCUGGGGGCGCCAUGCCUUCGCCGGGCGUACCACCUGUGGCUGGCCGCCGUCGUCAUGUUCGGGCCGCUGCUCCAGUUCUACGUGAACCCGCGGGCCAUCUUUGCUAACCAUCACAACUUCUUUAACAUCAAGUUUGUCCGGUCGGCCUGGGGCUGGACGUGCAUCUUCCUGGGGGGCUUCAUCCUGCUGGUCGUCUACCUGGCCAGCCGGCGGCCCCUCCUCACGGUGCGCCAUCUCAGCCGCCUGGCGGUGGGGGCCGGCCUCUGGCUGGGGGCCACGGAGACCUUCCUGCUCAUCGAGAACCUCACGGGCUACUGCUUCGACGCCAUCCCCGAGGGCAUCUUGGUGAACAACCUGACGGACAAGCGGACCUGCCUGCGCAUGGGCCACCGGUGGCACGGCUAUGACGUGUCUGGCCACACGUUCCUCCUCACUUUCUGUUGCCUCCUCAUGGUGGAAGAGACCUCCGUCUUCCGGCGCUACCUGGCCCAGGGCUGCCCCGCCGGCAUCCCCCUGCGCCUCAUCUUUCUCCUCAACGUCUUCCUCCUUGGCCUCUGGAACUUCCUCUUGGCUUGUACGGUGGUGUACCUUUACGAAUACAGCCACAAAGUGGUGGGGGCCGCCAUCGCCACCCUCUGCUGGUACCUCACCUACCGGGUCUGGUACCGCUACUCAUGGUCUCCGGGGAAGCCCGGAGCGGGCCUCUUCCUCAAAACGAUGCCCGGAGAGGCGAAGAAACGGAAUUGAGCGCGUCCUUGAGGGCUCUGAGGGCCACAAAGGAGCUUGGGAGAAAGAAGCAAAUAAAAAUGAAACAAUAAAACGAGAUCCUUUGA